GCGUGGGGAAGACAAAGCACAGAUAAGCGAGGCUCCUUGCAGCCCUUCCUUGCGAACUUGACACUUUGCAGACCGCAGCCAGCAUGGUUGUCCUGAAUCCAGUGACCCUGGGAAUUUAUCUUCAGCUUUUCUUCCGCUUCAUCGUGUCUCAGCCCACUUUCCUCACCAGCGUGCUUCCAAUUUCAGCAGCCCUUCCCGGCCUGGAUCAGAAGAAGCGUGGCGGCCACAGAGCAUGCUGCCUGCUGACCCCCCCGCCACCCCCUCUCUUCCCACCACCGUUCUUUAGAGGGGCCCGAAGUCCGCUUCUCUCCCCAGACAUGAAGAAUCUCGUCCUGGAACUGGAGACCACACGGCCCCCAUGCGUGCAAGGGUCGCUCAGCUCCCCCAGGCCUCCGGGGCCCCAGGGCCCGCCUGGGCUUCCCGGCAAGACAGGACCAAAGGGAGAAAAGGGGGAGCUUGGCCGACCGGGAAGGAAGGGCAGACCCGGCCCCCCAGGUGUUCCUGGCAUGCCUGGGCCUGUUGGCUGGCCCGGCCCUGAAGGCCCCAGGGGUGAAAAAGGUGACCUGGGGAUGAUGGGCUUGCCAGGGUCAAGAGGACCAAUGGGCUCCAAGGGCUACCCUGGAUCCAGAGGGGAAAAGGGAUCCAGAGGUGAAAGGGGUGAAUUGGGUCCCAAAGGAGAAAAGGGUUUCCCAGGACUUCCUGGAAUGUUGGGGCAGAAAGGUGAAAUGGGACCAAAGGGCGAGCCCGGGAUAGCAGGCCACCGGGGGCCCACAGGAAGACCAGGAAAACGAGGCAAGCAGGGGCAGAAGGGAGAUAGUGGAGUUAUGGGCCCACCAGGCAAACCUGGGCCUUCUGGUCAACCUGGCCAUCCGGGCGCCCCAGGCCCCCCGGGUCCCCCGUCUGCAGGACACCUUGUAAUGGGACCCAAAGGGGAAAGAGGAUUUCCCGGGCCUCCAGGAAGAUGUCUUUGUGGCCCUCCCAUGAAUGUGAAUAACCCUUCCUACGGGGAGUCUGCAUAUGGGCCCAGUUCCCCACGAGUUCCUGUGAUAUUUGUGGUCAACAACCAGGAGGAGCUUGAGAGAUUGAACACCCAAAAUGCCAUUGCCUUCCGCAGAGACCAGAGGUCUCUGUACUUCAAGGACAGCCUUGGCUGGCUCCCCAUCCAGCUGACGCCUUUCUACCCUGUGGACUACCCCGUAGACCACCGCGGCUCGUGCGGGGACGGGGUCCUGCAGCCGGGGGAGGAGUGUGAUGACGGGAACGGCGAUGUGGGUGACGACUGCAUCCGCUGUCGCCGGGCCUACUGUGGAGAUGGUCACCGGCACAGGGGCGUGGAGGACUGUGACGGCUCUGACUUCGGCCACCUGACCUGCGAGACCUAUCUCCCCGGGUCAUACGGAGACCUGCGGUGCACCCCGUACUGCUACAUCGACUCCACGCCCUGUCGCUACUUCACCUGAGGGCCGCCGGGAGGAGGCGGCUGCACCCACGGAACUGGCAGCAGCUUCUCCACCCUCGGCAGACUGACCUCGCCCCGUCCUGGUCCGGUUUCCACCACCUUCAUGCAACAGAAACAAGGACAAACUCUUGCUGCUAAGAUGUGCUUUUAACGCAGUCCGACUGGAAGAACCUAGGACCACUGCAUCCUGUCUUAACCCCGAGUACCGGGCCUCCUCCACACGCCCAUCGCGACCCUCCGGCCAGACCGCCGGCCUGCGGGGCCCUCCCUUCCGAAUAUCGUGGACUUGGCUUUGCACUGUUAGGCACACAGACUGUUGGAGUUUGCUCCCGUCCGCUGGGGGCAUCUGGG